UAGAGUUUCAAUUGAAACUGAAAAUUACUUUUUCCCAUAUAUAGAAAAAGACAAAAAAAUUUAAAUACUGUACGUCUGUAACGACCACUAAUUUAGUUGGAAUCUCUGUCUUCCAACUCCGACACAAGGUGUCUCCGCCGUGUAAUCGCCGGAGCUCUGCCGCAAUACAACUACUUUCCUCCCAUGGACAACGCAAGUUCAUCAUCUUCCGUCGACCCAAAUAGCGGAUUCUCUUCAAAAACCAAAACUUUCCAUAGUAUCCGACCACCACUCCUACUUCCUCCAAUGUCUUCUCCUGUUUCCGCUGCUUCUUAUGCACUAUCUUUCCAACACAACACUGAAGCCACCGCCUUUAUCGACUCAUCCACCGGUCGCCGUAUCUACUUCUCCGAUUUCCGGCAACGUGUUGUUUCAUUAGCUUCUUCCAUUCAGAAUACACUUCGUCUUUCCAAAAACGACGUCGCUUUUGUUCUUUCUCCAAACUCAACUCAUAUUCCGAUUCUGUACUUUUCUCUUCUCUCCCUCGGUGUUGUAAUCUCUCCUGCUAAUCCCCUCAGCACAGAAUCUGAGCUUUUGCGACAGAUUAAGUUAACGAAACCUGUAAUCGCGUUUGCUACAUCGAGAAACUUCCAGAAGCUUCCGAAAUUGAAACACCCAGCUGUUCUUAUCGAUACGCCGGAGUUCGAAUUGAUGAUGAUGAACACUGGAUUGAAGCUCAAAACAGUAGAAGUGAAUCAAUCGGAUUUAGCGGCGAUUAUGUAUUCGUCGGGGACUACAGGGGAGGUAAAGGGGGUGAAGCUGACUCAUCGGAAUUUUAUAGCAAGUAUUGCGAAUUACCAUGCUCAGAGACCGGAGAGGGAUUCGCCGGCGGUGAUGUUGUAUACGGUGCCGUUGUUUCAUGUGUUUGGUUUUCAUUACAUGUUGAAAUCGGUAGCUAUAACUGAUACUGUUGUGGUGAUGGAGAGAUUUGAUUUGAAGAAAAUGUUGAAGACGGUAGUGGAUUUCAGGGUGACACAAUUAGUGGUGGCUCCGCCGGUUGUGGUGGCGAUGGCUAAAGGAAGUGUUACUCAUGGCUAUGAAUUGAGUUCAUUAGAAGCAGUUGGCAGCGGCGGAGCUUCGCUUGGGAAAGAUGUUAUGCAAGCAUUUGCACACAAGUUUCCAAACAUCAUAUUAUUUCAAGGAUAUGGACUAACUGAAACAACCGGAGCAGCAUUUCGGUCUGCAACAACUGAAGAAAUGCUUCAUCAGGGUUCUGUAGGAAGGUUAAUGGCAAAUUCCGAAGCAAAAAUUGUAGAUCCGGACACUGGAAUUGCUCUGUGUCCUGGUGAGCAAGGAGAGCUCUGGAUUAAAGGUCCAAUCAUUAUGCAAGGUUACAUCGGUGAUCCGAAGAACACUUCUGAAACUCUGAUGCCAUGUGGGUGGUUGAGGACUGGUGAUCUUUGUUAUAUUGAUCAUCAUGGAUACCUUUUUGUCGUAGACAGGCUGAAGGAGCUGAUCAAAUAUAAGGGAUACCAGGUUGCUCCUGCUGAACUAGAACAACUUCUUCAAUCUCACCCUGAAAUAGUAGAUGCUGCUGUCAUACCAUAUCCUGAUGAAGAAGCUGGUCAACUGCCCAUGGCGUUUGUUGUGAGACGUCCCCAAAGCACUCUUGACAAAGAACAAGUGAUUGAUUUUAUUUCAAAACAGGUUGCUCCAUAUAAGAAGAUAAGGCGGGUGGCAUUUGUUAGCUCCAUACCAAAAAGUCCAUCAGGGAAGAUAUUGAGAAGAGAAUUAAAAAGGAUUCAUUUACCAGGAUCGAAGUUGUAAUCAAGUGUUCUUUCAUGUAUAUUAUUUCAAUGCUGGAUUCUUCAAUUCAAAGAUAGAAUUGGUUCAUAUGAUUUAAGGACACACAGAUUAUUUAGUUAUUAAUUUACUGGUUUUGGUUUUUCUGUUA